UGCGACAAUAUUUCGUACUGCGAAAUAAACAAAUAAAAAUUGCGUACACUGAGUGAUUGUUUCAAUAAUUCUGCACCGUUAUAAUGGGUAAUAAUUGCGGAAUGGAUGAUGAGGACGUUGAAAAUCCGUUUAGGGAUCAACCAACUCGCAAAGCAUUUGUUGCAAAAGUUUACCUUACGUUAUUUGUGCAGCUGCUAGUAACUGCAGCAAUAGUUGCCGUAUUCGUUUACGUAGAUGAGGUUGCAUUUUUUGUUAAAGAGAAUUAUUAUCUGAUUUGGAUCGCUCUCGGACUUACAAUUGUUUUGAUGGUCAUGUUGAUAUGUUGUGAAUCACUACGUCGAACGCCUCCUACAAAUUACAUUUGCCUACUUUUGUUCACAAUGUGCGAGAGUUUCUUGGUCGGCGUUACCGCCAGUAAAUACGCACCCGAUGAAGUCCUAAUAUCAUUGGGCAUUACCGGCGCUGUUGUCUUGGGAUUAACAUUGCUUGCACUGCAAAAGUGUAUCGAUUUCACUCCACUAUAUUGUAUUAUGAUCAUAAUCACUACAGUUUUUGCCUUGUUCACAAUUAUAGGAAUAUUUUUUUUCUACAAUCGGAUUCUGCAUGUCGUAUAUGCGGCAAUCGGCGUCACACUGUUCUCCAUGUGGUUAGUUAUUGACACACAAAUGAUAAUGGGCGGCCGUAGACUUGCCAUUAAUACUGACGAGUAUAUAUAUGCUGCUCUGCAACUAUAUAUAGAUAUUGUAAUGGUAUUUCAAUAUAUAUUAACUUUAUUUUCAGAAAAUUAAUAAUUAUGACAAAAUUCUGAAAGAUACAAAUUUCUGCUAAACGCAUCUUAUCAUCAAGGUUUUCUUUUUCCUUUCAGUUUUUUAGAAAUAUUCGACAUUGUUCAGGAAAUAUAUUAAACAACAAUCUACUCAUCAUGCGUGGCUCUAUACAAUAUUUGAGUAGAGAAAUGUUUGAUUUUCGCAUGAACUCACUC